AUGGCGACUUCAACUAUUAGUAGUAAUGAUCGUGUCGCUUUCAUUGGAUUGGGUGCAAUGGGUUAUCCAAUGGCUACUAAUCUUCAAAAGUAUUUAGCAGUAAAUCAAUUUCCAAAUCUGCUCGUUUACAAUCGUACCUACUCAAAAGCCCAAUCAUUUGCAGAAUCAGUAGGAGCAAUUGCCACACAAUCAUUACAAGAUGUUGCAGAACGAGCGAACAUCAUAUUUACUUGUUUAUUGAAUGACCAAGCAGUCUCCAGUAUUUAUAAAGAAUUGUUGAAAUAUUCUGAUCCACGUAAAUUCAACAACAUUAAUAACAGAUCAGUAAUUUUUAUUGAUUGUAGCACAAUUUCACCACAUGUUAUUAAUGAAGUGAAAAAUGAAGUUGAAAAAAUAGAAAAUAGAUUUCUACUUGCAUGUCCUGUUUGGGGGCCACCAGCUAAAGCUCAGAAAUAG